GAUCUCUCUCGUCUGCUCGCUGACCGAUUCGCCUCGGCCUUUUGCCAUGCUCGCCUUCACCCAGAUCACCGCGUCGUCGUGGGCCCCGGGCCUCGCGGCCGCCCCCCGCGUGGCGCCGUCCCGCUCCGCCGUCUCGAUGGACGCCUCCAACCCGGUCGUCAUCGGCCUGGCUGCCGACUCGGGCUGCGGCAAGUCCACGUUCAUGCGCCGCGUGACUGGCAUCUUUGGCGGGGAGUGCAAGCUCAACGACAUUGGCCGCGAGACCAACACGCUGGUCUCUGACAUGACCACCGUCAUCUGCCUGGACGACUACCACAAGUGGGACCGCACCGGCCGCAAGUCCAACCCGGAGUGGCCCGACGGCAUCACUGCGCUGCACGAGGCGUGCCAGAACUGGGACAAGAUGGCGGCGGACGUGACCGACCUCAAGGCCGGCAAGGCCGUGGAGAAGCCCAUCUACAACCACAUCACCGGCGAGCUCGACCCCGACGAGCCGGUGCAGCCGACGCCCAUCGUCAUCUUCGAGGGUCUCCACCCGAUGCACGACGAGCGCGUCAACGAGGCGCUCGACCUGACCAUCUACCUCGACAUCACGGACGACGUCAAGUUCGCCUGGAAGGCGCAGCGCGACAUCGCCGAGCGCGGCGCCACGCCCGAGGAGGUGCAGGCGGCCAUCGACGGCCGCAAGCCCGACUUCGCCGCGUACGUCGAGCCGCAGAAGGCCAAGGCCGACAUCAUCAUCCAGGUCCUGCCUUCGGACCUGAUCGAGGACCCGACGGGCAAGUUCCUGAAGGUCAAGUACAUCCAGAAGAAGAGCGUCACCUGCGCCGAGACGCCCUACCUCUUCGACGAGGGCUCCGAGCUCACCUGGGUGCCAAACGGCGACAAGCUGACCACCUCGCCGCCCGGCGUGGUCAUCAAGUCGUACGACGACGAGUGGUUCGGCGCGCCCGUCUCGGUGCUCGAGAUGGACGGCAAGGUGGACGUGCUGGACGAGCUGGUGUACGUCGAGUCUGCCAUCUCGGCGACCGGCACCAAAUUCUACGGCGAGCUGACCGAGCAAAUGAUCAAGAUGAAGGACGCGCCCGGCUCGGAGAACGGCACCGGCCUCUUCCAGUCCAUCUGCGCCUUCAAGAUCCGCGAGGCGUAUGAGUCGCUCCGCAAGUGAGCGCCCCGGCUGAGGUCCGGAUGCACCGCCGCCCCGUGUGUGUGCCUGUGGUACUCUAACACUUACGUACUCCCAUUGUCUCUCCUCUCGUGGCGCACGUAUUUGCAUAAUCGACUGUACUCUUUUUUCUGGAUAAGUGGAUUGCGGAAAGGCGGCGUUC